CGUAAAGGACAGUUUGGCUACCGAAAGUCUCCUAACUCAGUGGGGUGCAAGCCAGGAUGCCGGUCCGAAGGGGGCACGUGGCACCGCAGAACACUUUCCUGGACACGAUCAUCCGGAAAUUCGAUGGCCAGAGUCGUAAAUUCCUGAUCGCCAACGCUCGGGUGGAGAACUGCGCCAUCAUCUUCUGCAACGACGGCUUCUGCAGCAUGUGCGGCUACACGCGUGCCGAGAUCAUGCAGAAGCCCUGCACCUGCAACUUCCUGUACGGCCCGCACACCAAGCGGCUGGCCAUCGCGCAGAUAGCCCAGGCGCUCCUGGGCUCAGAGGAGAGGAAGGUGGAGAUCUCCCUCUACAGGAAGGACGGUGUGUGUUUUCUCUGUCUGGUGGAUGUCGUGCCCGUGAAGAAUGAGGAUGGCGUGGUGAUAAUGUUCAUCCUCAACUUUGAGGUCAUGACUGACGACAAACUCCGAGACCCCCACCAAAACCUCAACCACAAGCUGCCCCUCCCUUGGCUCUCCUCAGGUCGGCCACGAGGGUUCAAGCUGCGCCUGCCGCUCCUGCGCUCCCUCAGCAACAGCAAGCAGUCGCUGCAGGAGGACCCCGAGGCGGGGCGCGCACGCGACAGCUCCCCACCGAGCCGCGAGUCCCUGGUCCUGGGCGAGCUGCUGUCCCUGCCGGAGCAGCCGCGGCCGGCGCUGCUGUGGCCCGAGGACCAGCGCACGCUGCUGAACAGCGAGGCGCCCCCGGCGCUGCCCCCCGCGCUGCCGCCGGCGCAGUCCUCGCCGUACCCGCACCACCACCUGAACCCCGACGCCUCCGUGUCCAACUGCAGCCUGACGCACAGCCGCUCGCGCGAGAGCUUCCACAGCAUGCGGCGCGCCUCCUCCGUCGACGACAUCGAGGCCAUGCGGCCCGAGUGGGACAGGAAGUUCCGCACCCGGCCCGGCAGCACAGGUGCUGUGAAUCACAAAUCCAACAUACUGAACUCUACCUCCGACUCGGACCUCAUGCGCUACCGCACCAUAAGCAAGAUCCCUCAGAUCACCCUUAACUUUGUGGACUUCAAACCGGACCCCCUCAUUGCCCUGCCCGCUGGCGAGAUGGACAUCAUUGCGCCCUGCAAGCUGAUAGACCGCACUCACAACGUCACUGAGAAAGUCACCCAGGUGCUGUCACUAGGGGCCGACGUCCUCCCUGAAUACAAGCUCCAGGCCCCCCGUAUCCACAAAUGGACCGUCCUGCACUACAGCCCCUUCAAGGCGGUGUGGGACUGGCUCAUCCUGCUGCUGGUCAUCUACACGGCCAUCCUGACCCCCUACUCCGCCGCCUUCCUCCUCAACGAACACGACAACACGGUCAUACAGAACUGCAUCUACUCCUGCAGCCCGCUCAAUGUGGUGGACCUCAUCGUGGACAUCAUGUUCGUCAUUGACAUCCUCAUCAACUUCCGCACCACCUACGUGAACGCCAACGACGAAGUGGUCAGCCACCCCCUCCGCAUCGCCGUGCACUACUUCAAGGGCUGGUUCCUCAUCGAUAUGGUGGCCGCUAUCCCCUUUGACCUGCUCAUAUACCGUAAUGGAGAAGAGACGACCACCCUGAUUGGCCUUCUGAAGACGGCCCGGCUGCUGCGAUUGGUGCGCGUGGCGCGGAAGCUGGACCGCUACUCGGAGUACGGCGCGGCGGUGCUCUUCCUGCUCAUGUGCACCUUCGCCCUCAUCGCCCACUGGCUGGCCUGCAUCUGGUACGCCAUCGGCAACGUGGAGCGCAACGGCGGCAUCGGCUGGCUGCACUCGCUGGGCGACCAGCUGGACAAGCCGUUCAACAAGUCCAACCCUCUGUCCGGUCCCACCAUCAAGGACAAGUACGUCACGGCGCUCUACUUCACCUUCAGCAGCCUGACCAGCGUGGGCUUCGGCAACGUCUCGCCCAACACCAACUCCGAAAAGAUCUUCUCCAUCUGCGUCAUGCUCAUUGGCUCGCUGAUGUAUGCCAGCAUCUUUGGGAACGUCUCCGCGAUCAUCCAGCGGCUGUACUCGGGCACCGCCCGCUACCACACCCAGAUGCUUCGCGUGCGAGAGUUCAUCCGCUUCCACCAGAUCCCCAACCCGCUGCGGCAGAGGCUGGAGGAGUACUUCCAGCACGCCUGGUCCUACACCAACGGCAUCGACAUGAACGCGGUGCUGAAGGGAUUCCCGGAGUGCCUGCAGGCUGACAUCUGCCUGCACCUCAACCGCACCCUCCUGCAGAACUGCAAGGCCUUCAAAGGGUCCACCAAGGGCUGCCUGCGCGCCCUCGCCAUGAAGUUCAGGACCACCCACGCCCCGCCGGGCGACACCCUGGUGCACGCGGGCGACGUGCUCACCGCCCUCUACUUCAUCUCACGCGGCUCCAUCGAGAUCCUGCGCGGGGACGUGGUGGUCGCCAUUCUGGGGAAGAACGACAUCUUUGGCGAGCCCAUCAACCUGUACGCGCGUCCGGGGAAAUCCAACGCAGACGUGAGGGCGCUGACCUACUGCGACCUGCACAAGAUCCACCGCGAGGACGUGCUGGAGGUGCUGGACAUGUACCCUGAAUUCUCCGACCACUUCUGGAGCAACCUGGAGAUCACCUUCAACCUCCGUGAUACUAACAUGAUCCCGGGCUCUCCGAGCAGCGAUGACUCCGAAUGCAUCGGCUUCAACCGCCUGCGCAGACGCAAACUGUCCUUCCGACGCAGGACAGAGAAAGAUGAUGCAGAUGCAGGAGAGAUCAAAAAGUCCCAGAAGCCCAUUCGCAGGACGAGGAAGCAGGCCGCCAGCAACCAGGGGGAGGGGCUCAAACCUGACUGGGAGCUUCCUCGGAGCUCGGUUUCCUCGCCUUCUCAUUCCAGUGGUGAUGAGGGGGAGGAGUCUGUUCGCACAUGCCCCGCCCCUCUCGCCGGUCUUGGCGAGCUCUCCCAGGCCCAGGCCACACCCCUGAACUUCAGUGACGCUCCAGAAGGGGAGGGGGACCCCAAGACGGGCAACACCUGCAAUGCGCUGUCAGGCGCAUUUUCGGGGGUCUCCAACAUCUUCAGCUUCUGGGGAGACAGCCGCGGGCGCCAGUACCAGGAGGUGCCGCGCAGCAGCCUGCCCUCCCCUCCGCCGCUGAACGUGCCGCUGCACAGCGUCAGCCGACGGCAGCGCAGCGAGGUGGAGAACAGGCUGGACCUGCUGCAGAAGCAGCUCAACAGGCUGGAGACGCGCAUGUCGACGGAUAUCAGCGCCAUCAUGCAGCUGCUGCAGAGGCAGAUGGCCCUGGUGCCCCCGGCCUACAGCAUGGUGUCCCCGCCCCCGCAGCCAUCCCCUUACGCCGGGCCGGGAGAGCGGCUGGUGCAGCCUGUCACCCCGCUGGAAUCGGAGACUCUGGCCUCACUCUCACAGAUCUUGGACUCUCAGGACUUUGAGGAGUUUCCAGCGAAGUCGCGCGAGUCUCUACAAGGAGCGGCAGAGCGGCGGCCCUCAGACUCUCUCCUGCCGGACCCCUCAGAGACGCAGCCCACGGGCCUGGCCAGCCCGGAGUGUCAGCCGGAGCCAGGGCCCGGGACGGCCUCUCCGGACCCCGAGGCGCAGCGGAGGCUGUCUCUGCCAGAGCCGCACACGGCCCUGAACUCACGGACACCGCAGAGAUACAGCUCUGACCCCGGGAGCUAGGGGCCACGGGCC